CGACGCCCGGCCAUUAUUUUGCCGGUCGACUCAACCUCCACAGCUGCUUGGCCUCUCUUGGGAUGCUAUAUUGCUCGGCGAUCGGACUUGACAGCUACAGACAUCGAUUAUCAUGACUUUUCUCUGCGCUGGGAUGGCAGCAUGUAGCGCCCGUCCCCAUGACAAGACUGUCGAAUAUGCGUCCACCGACGACCACAUCGAGUGCCACAUUCCCAUUGGUGGAUUUCGAGUGACUUUCCUAAGUCAUAGUCGACAACCUGCGCCCGAGGAGAUUCGAACGGUUCACAGGCACAUAAGUAGGCUGUCGUACCAUUGCGCCGGGUAAUGUAUUUGUCUCGACACAGUGGGCCUCCAUCAUGGUCGCCAUUCAAACUUUCCUCCUGUUUGGAGUAUGCCUUGUUGCACACGCCGCCACCAUCUCUCCCGUUGUACGAUCCAGGGGCGGGAUCUUCCAUGGUCGCUACCUCCCGCAAUUCAAUCAGGUCCUCUACCUUGGUGUCAAGUAUGCGCCGAAGCCAGUGCGCUUUGCUCCAGCCGAGCUGAUCAAGGACACGCCCGGGCAACACUUCAACGUCACGCAGUAUGGCCUUGACUGCAAAGGAUACGGCUCGGACACCAACUUGCUCGUCGCUGCGAAUUGGACGAAGAUGGGCGAAGACUGCUUGCAUUUGAACAUCAUCAAGCCCAAAUCUCGCGAGACGGGUUUGCCAGUGCUGCUCUGGAUCUACGGCGGCGGAUGGCAGCAGGGAGCAACGAGUGAUCCGCGAUACAACAUGAGCUACAUUGUCCAGCAAUCCGUCCUCAACAACAAGCCCGUCAUCGGCAUCUCCAUCAACUACCGCAUGGCAGCCUUUGGCUUCAUCAACAGCAAAGAGAUCGCCAAGACUGGGAAUCAGAACCUCGGACUGCGCGACCAGCGACUUGCGCUCAAGUGGGUGAACAGGCACAUCUCCUCCUUUGGCGGCGACCCAGCAAAAGUCACCAUCUGGGGCGAAUCCGCAGGCGCAUACUCGGUCGGCGACCACAUCAACGCAUUCAACGGGGCGAAUGAGGGCCUUUUCCGCGCCGCCAUCCUCGAAAGCGGCAGCGCAAUCGGACCACCUCUCAACGGCACAGACUGGUACCAGCACAUGUACGACAACAUAACUGCGUCCGUGGGCUGCGCAACCGCAAACGACACACUCCAGUGUCUACGCUCCGUGCCGUACGAGACAAUCGCACCGUACGGCUACCAAGGCCUGGAAUGGUUCCACACCAUCGACGGCUCAUUCAUUUCCCGCCCCGCCCAACAGUCGCUCACCUCUGGCAAAUUCGCGAAAAUCCCCCUCCUCCUCGGCACAAACACAGACGAAGGCUUCGGCGUCAACGGCGUAAACACCGACGCGCAGGCCAUCAACCAACUCACGCAUUCCAAGCGGUGGAACCUCAACGACGAACAGGCUAAAAGGUUGCUGGACUUGUAUCCGAAUGACCCUUCGCUCGGCGAGCCGUAUGGUUGGGGGAACCGCACGUGGCCGGAGAACGGGGCACAGUGGAAGCGGUACCAGAGCAUCGCGACGGAUCUUACCAUGUUUGCGCCGCGGAGGCUGUUGGCUGAGAGGAUGACCGCGUGUGGCGAGGAUGUGUUUUCGUAUCGGUGGGAUGCGCCACGGUUUAAUAGUACGCCGGGGGUGAUUGGGAUUAAUCAUUUCUCUGAGAUCCCCUUCGUCUUCGGCAACACACAGCAGCAGAUCACACCGCUGGGAAACAGUUCCGCCAACAUCGAGCUAUCAAAACUAGUCAUGAGGAUGUGGACUUCGUUUGCACAUGGACUUGAUCCAAAUGAUCAUGGAGUUCCAAACAUUGCCAAGUGGCCGCGGUACGCGACUCCGGCAGCUGCGAAUUUCGUGUUCCGCGCGGACACGAGUUAUGUUGAGCGGGAUGAUGACAGGUUGGAGGGUGUGGCUUAUAUUAACAGUCUGGUAAGGUAACGGAGGACCACAAUGUCGAGAGCAGUAUCUAGAAUUCCUCAAUCGUAUAUUCUUUAGUCAUGAUGCGGAGGUGGCGAGCGAUAAUUCGCGGUAGGCAGCAGCUUUGUCAGUGGAUAGAUGGUAGGAGUUGACGCUGUCUAGCUGGCUAUGCAAGCCGAGUCUAGAACAACGAUCGAAUACAAACAUGACCUACUUGAAAGCUUUA